CCCAAUGCCAACGCCUACGAUCUCAUGUCCUUGAAAGACUUUAUGAAAGAUGUUGCAUUCAGUAUCGACGGUGCUGAAGACAACCCUGAUCCAGGGCAAGGGACGGUAAUGGUAUAUUGGAAGCAGUUCAUGGCUGGUUGGCAUGGUAAAAGGAUGGUACAGAAUAAGAGGACAAGAAGGUUUGGUACGAAAAGCCACUUUCUUUAUUUAGGAAGGCAGCUAUGGAAUGAUUGGGUGGUAUACGAUAAGCCUGCAACGAGGGUGUACGACUGGGCCGAUAUGCUUACUAUCGUAUGCUCUUCUGCGCGCAUCGGCGAGUACAUCGAGUCUACUUGCCGUGUAGGAUCUGUUUUCCUCAACGAAUACGGAAAUGCAGAGUUCGCCGUUCAGCUAGUUCGGGAUGCGAAGGAUAUGACAAAUGCCUCUGACAAACGGCCCAAGCAUUCGCUAUAUGAAGGGCUAGGGCCGAUGCCUCUCAUUUGUAACCCCAUGCUUUCUAUUUCGGCUACUCUCGUCGUCACCAAAGCGUUCAGAGACUACGAAACGAUUGAAGAUCUUCUCGCCAUACAACCACUAGAAGGAGAGAUGCUCCAUUUACAGUGGAGGGAGAGCAUCCGUGAUCUACCCUUCUUCAAGAGCAUGUCUGCAAGAGCUGCGCCAGGGAAGAUAGAAACGGCGAAUGCAUUUAGCAGGCGCAUUAGACAACUAGGCUUCCGCGCUGGAUAUCCUCGUCCGCCUACAAUUCACGACUUCAGGGCGGAGGAUCUAUACUGGAUAGGUUUGUACAUAGACUUUCCCUUCCUCAGUCUGACUUGCUAACCUGUUCUCACAGAUCAGCUGUAUACCGUUGCCUGUCAC